UAUACAAUCUGUAUUGAACUGUCCAUUAGAGCCAUUCCAACAAAGAGAAAAGGCAGUUUGCUUUCAUUCUCUGUUAACAGUACUUCUGGCAUUUAGGAAUCUGUAUAAAAUAGAAGCUGGGGCCUGAAUUCUUCAAACCCACAGUGGUUGCUGCAUUCCAUUCACAAAGCAGAAUAGCAAUGAAAGAUUCUAAGGAGAAGAACUUUGUAGGGUGUUGGGGGCCUAGAUUGGUGGUCAGAAAAUGGCUGAAUAUAAAGACGAAAACAGAUGAAUUCCAUGCUGAUAACAUUUUUAAAGAGAAAUUGUUGAACAAAACUGAAUAUGACAUAAGGCUAAGGCCGGAGCCAUAUAUAUCCCAGGCCACGGAUGUUCAAAAUUUAAGGGUAUUUGCGGGAACAUGGAAUGUUGGGGGUAAAGCACCCUUCAAAGGCCUCGAAUUGGAUGAAUGGUUGCACGCAUCAUCCGCUUCAGCGGACAUUUAUGUUAUGGGGUUUCAGGAAAUUGUGCCCUUAAAUGCAGGAAAUGUACUGGGUGUAGAAGACAAUGGCCCUGCAGGCAAAUGGCUAUCCCUUAUUUGCCAAACAUUGAACAGGAACAUAAAUCAAAGUAGCAGCAGCUUAUCACCUUGCAGCCAGGAUGGAUCAGCAUGUUCAUCAGACACACUAAAUCGUUUCUGUUCUGAUUUAGGGGAAUCUGAAGUGCAUAAGAAUUCGAGUGGGCGAGAUUCACCAUGCACUGUUCUUCACUCUCCAAUGUCAUAUACUUCCCCAUCAGAUAGAUCUGAUUCUGAUGAGAUGAAUUACAGAAUCGAUUCAAGUCAACCAAAUUAUUAUUUGGCUGCUAGCAAGCAGAUGGUUGGCAUUUUCCUCUGUGUUUGGGUGCGAAGUGAUCUGAGACACCAUGUCCGAGAUUUAAAGGUCUCUUGUGUUGGUCGUGGCCUAAUGGGAUACCUUGGAAACAAGGGUUCCAUUUCCAUCAGCAUGUUAUUCCAUCAGACAAGUUUCUGCUUUGUUUGCACUCAUUUAACAUCAGGGGAGAAGCGGGGUGAUGAGAUACGGAGGAAUUUUGAUGUUACAGAGAUCAUACAGAAGACACACUUUCGACAAUAUGACAAGAUUUUGGCACAGAAAAUUCCAGAAAGCAUUUUGGAGCAUGAUCAAAUUAUUUGGCUUGGGGAUUUGAACUAUCGUCUUGCACUUCAUUACGAUGACAGUAAAAAACUGAUGGAAAAAAAUGACUGGGAAGCUUUGUUAGAGAAAGAUCAGCUUCGAAUUGAGAAAAAAGCAGGACGCAUAUUUAAAGGGUGGAAUGAAGGAAAAAUAUAUUUCCCUCCUACGUACAAGUACUGCAGGAAUUCAGAACACUAUGUGGGAGAAAAGAUUAGAUCAAGAACAAAAAGACGUACACCGGCAUGGUGUGAUCGUAUACUUUGGUAUGGUAAAGGCUUAAGGCAACUCUCUUAUGUCCGUGGAGAAUCAAAGUUCUCUGAUCACCGGCCUGUUUAUUCAGUUUUUAUGGCAGAGGUGGAAAUGCUCAACAAAAACAAAUCAGAAAAAGGUUUAAUGAGUUUAGGUGCAAGAUUCCAAGAGGAAGACCUGCUACCCAAAACCAAAAGUUGUCACUAAAUUCUCAAAUUUAAUCCAUCAUAUUCUAGCGAUACUUCGUGAACAAAAAGGGAUAUGCUCUUAUAUUGUGCUCCAAAAGCAGUGGUUACUUUGCUUCUAGGAAACAUUAGAUUCAAUUUUAUAAUGCAACUAAAAUGCAUUGUUGUAGAGAGAACUUUCCAAAAGAAAGUCAUGUCUACUAGAAGGCAUUUAUAUAUGGCUUUCUGUGGUCUUUCAUGGGGGACUGUGAGCUAUGUAGCUAGCACUACAGAGGAGCAGUUGUUUUAUGCAUUAUAAUACAGCCAUAGUGUUGAGGUCACCAUAUGACAAUGAUAUUAGGCUUUUGAUAUGAAUAUCUUGAAGUAUAUAUGUGUGCAAAAGUUUCUGGAAAAUCCUGUGUUUUUUUAUAUCAGCAUUUCGGAUUGCACUCAGCAAUCCAUCAUCAGGAAGAGGAAAAGGCAAAAUGGAACAUACCAAAAGUGCGGGACAGACACACAAAGGCAAGCAACACCAAGUGACCAAACAAUACAAACAGAGCCAGGUUCAAGAAUAAGACCAUCGCUGUAAGGGGAAGAGAAAGCGCAGUAUGUAAGGGAAGGAGAGGGCAUAGAUAACAGAAGUGGCGAAGAAAAAUAGGUCAAUACUGUAGGUAAGAAUGGAGGAGAAGCAUAGUUGUGAGUAUGAUCCAUUACUAAGGACGUUGUUCCAUGGAGGGGACAACCACCAUGAUUCAAUAAAAUAUUUGAAACACCUAUAGAAAUGGGAAUAAUUAAAAAUUUCUUCAAAAUUUCCAGUGUGAUUUUUAUUAGGACAUUUGAUGGAUGUGAAGAAAGCUUAAAGUUUGUAACAUCUGAUCUGUUAAGCAAUACUGAUUAAAAUGAGAACAUAUAUGUAGUAUAUCAGUAAAGAAGUGUGUGUAAGAAUUUGAAAUUUUAUGGAGUGGCAA